GUCUUUCCGCUCCUGUCUGACAAAUUCUUUUCAAUACAAAAAUGGCUGCUGUGCAACCAAAUUUAUCAAAAAUGAUUUCGGCGCAGCUACGCAAUAAAGCAAAUGAGUUUUUAACUUCCAGGAAACAUGCCAAUAAUCUUGCCGAUAUCCUUCAGAUGUUUGAGGCAGAGACGGACAAUUAUACGCCUUUGCUGCUUACUGUAGAAGUGAUAUUUACUGAGCUAUUGAGACGAGGUGAUUUGAUAGAAGGAAUCGUCCCCCUCAAACCAGCAGACCGGAGCCCCGAGGCAGAAUACACGCGAUGGCUGCGCGAAUGCUUCGAGGCGGCUCAGACGCGGGCGCUGGAAUGCAUCCGUCGCGGCCGCACCAGCUCCCGGCUCCAGGCCCUCGUCACCGCCUGCAAGCUGAUGCAGGCUGAGGGGAAACAUCCUCUGGAAACUUCUAAUGGGUAUUACUUCCCGUCGCUUCGACUCAAGAACAUAUUCAGCGUUUUGCUGGACUCUGAGAUAUCGAUGUCGGCGCCCAUAGCUCGCUUUCAGGAGUUCACCGAGUACAGGGAUGUGCAACAGUACGGACUCAAAGUGCUCUCCACGCUCGCUUAUCGCAAGUCGCCAACAUCAGUAUACAUGCAGAACUACUUGGAACUCCUUGACAAACUGUUGGUGUGCGAGAUCGCAACGGAAACAAAGACCAAAAGCAAAGAGCGUGACAAUGACGAGAAGGAAGAAAAACUGCUUUGUGGCACUGAAGAUAAGGCUCCCUUCCCAUACAACCCGGGCGUCUGCCGUCGCUACGCGAACCGUUGCUGGGGCUUCGCGUGCCAGUGGCCGCUGUGCUCGGACUCGCGCACCCACCGCCGCGCGCUGCUGCUGCUGGUGGAGCGCCUCAUGCCGCUGCUCACCCGCCCCCACCUCGCCACUGACAUGCUGUGUGACAGCCUGGAUGCUGGAGGCCCCAUCAGCAUGCUAGCGCUGCAAGGAGUUCUAGAACUGGUUCGGCGCCACAACAUCGAUUACCCGGAUAUGUACGACCGGCUGUACGCCAUGUUCGAGCCGGAGAUGUUCGCCACCCGGUACAAACGCCGGCUCAUGCAUCUGGCCGAUAUCUUCCUUAGUUCCACUCACUUACCGGAGGGCCUGGUGGCUGCGUUCGCGAAGCGGCUGUCGCGGCUGUCGCUGGUGGCGGCGCCCGAGGACGCGGUGGGGCUGCUGCAGCUGGUGGCCAACCUGCUGCUGCGCCAUCCCGCGCUCAAGCGCAUGAUCUGUCUCGAGGACACGCCCGCUAUCAUGUCAAACGACCCAUACGUGAUGGAAGAGACAUGUGCGAGUGGGUCUCGAGCGCUGGGCUCGUCGCUGUGGGAGGUGGUAGCGCUGCAGCGCCACGCAGCGCCCGCGCUGUCCGCUGCCGCCGCCACCGUGCUCGCUGCAGCCGCUGCGAGGGCACAGCCACAUGCGCUGGCACCGCCUGAUGCUGCACAGUCGUUCGACGCGGAACUAAAGAAGAGGUUCAAGACGAUAGAGAUGAACUUCGUGCGGCCACAAGGCAUGAGCACGCCGUCUGGCGAGCGAGUGAUGCAGUACUGGGAGCUGAUGGCCUGAACUCCGCAGUAAGCUCCGCUGCUCUCUCGCAUUUACACCCUACGCGCGGCAGGACGCCGACGGACCGGCCAACCCGGUCGGUCCUACCGUCGGUCGGACCAACUCCUGCCGCCUGUAGGGUCAGGCCCGGUUGCUUGCAAAGUUUUGUUGAUAUCAGAGUUGUAUCAGUAGAUUAUCGUUAGAUAGUAAUUAUUAUUGUGUCUGGUUAUUUGAAGUAUUUUACGAGUAUUGCUUUACAACUCUGUUUUAGACUUAGCUUUUGAGAUAUUUAUAUUCCCCCAACUAACUUUGAUUAUGUUAGGACGACACGUUGCAACACUUCAGUAGUUGAUCAAACGAUUCGCCUAAACAGCUGCUGAUUUUUGAAAUUGUAGAUAUUUUGGUCUUCCCGCAACCGCAGUCAAAAUUGCAUGAUCGACACUGGUAUUGAUCAUUCAAUUUCGAUACAAACACACAGGUAUCACUGCAUUUUACAGCAGAGUGUACACCUAUAGAACGUAGCUGUAAUGAAUAUUAGGCCUAGCUGUGUAGCCAUUUUGUUCCGCUUCACCCUUAUUUAAAAAUAUUAAUUAAAAAACAAGUUAACUGUUGAGGAUAAUGACUACAUUGUAAGAAUUAGCUCUUUAUACAAUUUAAUUUAUGAUAUACAAGGAUCCUAUUUGGUAGCGUUUUAAAAGUAUUGCCAGUGAAAGCGAUUCCACUUCCUAAACUAAAGAUAACACAAGAUAUUGAUAUAAUGAUAAAGUCGAUAGUUGUAAGGUUUUUAAUAAAUUUUGCACUCUAAUGUUAACGUUGUAACGUAGGAGAAUUUGUUGUACUUUCGUUAUAAUUUUAUUUUUUUACGAACGACUUGAACGUCUGUGAUUGUUGGGCCUGGCGUCGGUAGUCAGCUAAAAUGAACUUUAUUUAUUUAUAAUAGUUUGUAAACGUAUUUAGUCAAAUAUAAUGUUAUUUCAAUAUCCAGCUGGAUAUUUAGGAGUUUUAACUUUAGUGUAAAGAAUUCUAAUUUAAAAAUUAAGUAAAUUAUGUCUGAUAUAGUUUAUGUUUAAGUAAUAAACUAACUUAUUAUGUAUAGUGUUUGCUGUAAGCUAACUACCGACAUCUGGGUGCGUGAGUUAUGCGCCGGUAUAAAGCGUCCUCCAGACUACUUGCAAAGAAUGCCGAGGUUGGGCGGAUACAGAGAGUGUGGAAAGUUCUUUAGCUUUGCUUCGCUAUACUCCAUACAUCAUUGGGUCCGAUCUACUUUUUCAAGUACCGAGUGACUUCGCGAGUAGUGUGAAAGAUUGAUGCCGUCGUAUGACAAACGCAUAGUUCGUUAUAGAAUAGUAAGUGAAUGACGCGUGUCAGGGUGGACUAACGAAAAUAUAUAGAUUAGUAUUUAUUUCUAAAUAGUCAUGACAAAAUAGUACUAUGUGAGGAUCGAAAUUGAUGUAUGUAUGUGUAUGCUUUAGGCAAGUGAACAUCCUCUGAAAUUCGAUUAUUAUCGAUUGAUAUAUCAAAAUUAUAAAUUAUCGAUAUUUAUUCGAGUCGGGUUCCUCUAAAACUUUAUCUACAUAACCGUUAGAAACAACUCAAACAAACACGGUAAUACAGGGAAGUUUUGCUACUAAAUUCCAAGUAGCAACACGUUGACACGCCUAAUUCACUAGGUCAAGCCGACAUCGAUAUGUCUGAAGCACGGAGUAAGCUAAUAUGAGCGGAGAUGCCAUAAUGAAGGUAGGUCAGGCUCCCCCUUAUAGGUCCAAAUAUGUACCGUGGGCAUGACCAAAAACGUUCAUUUAUGAGUGAACUAUCGAGGCGUUCCGGUUCUUUGAGACGUCUGUCAACGAUUUUUGGUAUACCAAAAAUUUUUCGGGUCCAAAGAAGGCGUGUAAGGGCGAAGACAGUAACGUUCCUCGUCCCCCGCAUUUUGGUGCGCUACUUUCUUAAGAGAUUUACCAUUAUGGCACCUCUGCUAGUCAUUUUGUUCUCCAUGGUUUGUAGGUACACAGUCGCGUCUUCCCAGCACUAACAUUACCUUAGUUUUCAUUCCAAGGCGAAUAUUUUCUUCCUAGUGUUGAUUAAGGUUUCAUGUUGAAUAGGAAUCUAUUUUGUUGUAAUGUUAUUUUUUAAUUGGACAGCUCUGAUCGUGGGUGUGGUGAAAUUUAAAAUGGAAAUUAUUUUAUUAGGAGUGUUUAAUGAUUUGUGAAUGAGCUGUUGAAGCCGUCGAAAUGGGUUUGGACCAAGUUUGUAUAACAAAGUACUCGAAUAAAAUCGAAAGAUUAGUUAUUGAUUCACCACAAACUCGUGACGGAGCUUAUUUAUAUUGUCUGAUAUCAUGUUAUUGCGAUCAACUGUAUCAGGUAUAGUGACAAGCAACCGCCAUAUUUAUUUAACUUUAUUGUUAUAAUUAGUUAUUUGACAAGCCUCGCAGACUUGGGCGCGGUUGGCUUUCCGUUAUUAUAUAAAAGAUGGGUCAGAAUAUACACAAUAUAUCGAUAGAUGAUUGAAAAUAUAAUGUCGAUAUGGGUCGUAACUUUUAUCAAUAUCGAUAUAGUUGUAUCCAUCCCUACACUAUAAUGCCCUCUACUUACCAUUAUUGUCAAUUAAAUUGACAUAAAAUGACCAUUUUUUCUGCCUACCGAACUCUAAAUAAUAUUGGCCAGUGAUUAUAAUAAAUAAGUAUACACUUAGUGCAAUAUUGUUCGGAGCAUUUUGUACGUUUUUACAAUAUUCUAGUCUGGUGUUUAAAAAUAAGUCAAAAGUUGGUAUAUGAAAAACAGCGAUGAUUUUAUGUGAUUGUUUUCUUAUUAUUUUCGUAAUUUACGAAGAAACUUUUUUGUUUUUGAUCAUGUCAAGUUACUUCCGUAAGUCGAUACUUCCAUAGACAAAGUUCAAAACUUUUUACCUCAGUAUGUAACAUGUUCCCAUCUUCACAGCACAUCAGAAAUAUUAAGUAAAAAAACAUUUAUACCACUUUUAUACUGAAUAUUGCGUGUCUAAUUAAUAAUUAUGUUUAUUGUUCUAAUUUAAGAAUUCACACCAUUAUUGUAAGGGUGAGUUGCACCAUUUAACUAUAACGAUAACCGAAUAUAAUAACCAACGCGUGUACUAGCCGCCCAUUGUCAAAUCGGCAACUUCACAACUGCCUCUUGUCAAAUCGGCAAUUUGACAGCAGUCUAUUGUCAAAUCGAUAAUUUGACAACUGAAAAUGGUUCGGUUAUCGUAAUAGGUAAGGGGUACAACUCACCGUAAGUGUUAUAUCCAGUACACAAUAGCUUUGGAAGUCUUCCAAUGG